GAGCGGGAGGACCCGGCGGCGGCUGCCGAGGAUGCGAAGUUUGUGCUGGAUGCCGCUGCUGCCGCUGGUUGGGGGAAUCCAUCCAGAAUGCAAGAUAUUCCAGCAGGUGGUCAAAGAGGAGGCUCUCUGCCUGGAACAGAAUGAAUCUGUUUCUCCUGAUCUUAAAGGAUGUGCCAGAGAUUGGGAUGGUUUAACCUGCUGGCCCAGAGCCACUUUUGGGGAAGUGGUGAAAAUUCCCUGUCCACAAUUUUUUGAAGAAUUCACCAAUACCCAUGGUUUCCUCCAGAGGAAUUGCACACAGGAGGCACACUGGUCAGAACCAUUCCCACCAUACACUGUUGCCUGUGGGUUUGAUGAAGGUUCCAGUAAAGGACCUGAGGAUCAGAAAUCCUAUUAUUCUGCAUUUUGGCGUGUCUACACUGCUGGCUAUGCAGCAUCCGUGACUUCACUCGUUACAGCUCUAAUUGUCUUUGCUGCCUUCAGAAAAUUCCACUGUACACGGAAUUACAUCCACAUGCACCUGUUUGUCUCCUUUAUCUUGAGAGCAAUUGCUGUUUUCACCAAAGAUGCUGUUUUGUUUGCAGAUGAAACUAUGGACCACUGCCUAAUGUCAACGGUUGCCUGUAAGGCUGCUGUGGCAUUUUUCCAGUUCAGUAUUUUGGCCAAUUUCUUCUGGCUUCUCAUUGAAGGGAUUUACCUGCAAACCCUGCUCCUGCUGACCUUUGUUUCCAACAAGCAGUUCGUGUGGUGGUUCAUAGUCACUGGCUGGGGAGCUCCUGCUGCUGUGCUGUUUGCUUGGGUCCUUACAAGAAUCCACCAACAAAAUACUGGAUGUUGGGAUGAUGAUGAAAAUGGAGUGGUCUUAUGGAUCAUCAAGGGCCCCAUCCUGAUAACUGUAUUAAUUAACUUUAUUAUAUUUAUUAAUGUGAUCAGAAUUCUAGUCCAUAAACUGAAAUCUCAAGAGGGAGGAGGGAGCCAUUCGAGCCACUUCGUGAGACUUGCUAAAUCCACGUUGCUUUUAAUCCCCCUCUUUGGAGUGCACUACAUCGUAUUUGCAUUUUUCCCAGAGAGCACCGGGCUGGAAGCUCGUUUUUACAUUGAGCUUGGCUUGGGUUCUUUCCAGGGUUUUGUUGUCGCUCUUCUCUAUUGCUUCUCCAACGCGGAGGUUCAAAGUGAACUGAAGAAACAACUGUGCAAGUGGCAGUAUCAGGAAUACCUGACCUUCACCCACAAACACGGGACUUUGUCCAGGGAAAACAGUCCCGUCAACUACGUCACUCAGUUGUCCCUGCUGGAAAAAAUCAGCCCAAAAAGGAAAACAUCUGGGUACCACAAUGGUGUAACUACUGUCUGAGGCUUUCUAGCUGUGGCAUUGGGAUGUACUACCUAAGAGAUGGCAAACUGGAUCCUUUUGGCUUUCCAUAGUGUAAAUUCUGUAAAUUCCUUGUCCUGGUCGUGAGCUACUUUUCUCACCUGGUACAGAUUCAUAUCCCAACCCUGGCUCUCUCCUUAAGUAUAUAAAGUCCAUUUGUUUUGUUGGGAAAAGCCAGGCCUGGGGAUAGUGUGAAUCAACAGGUUAGCACCCUAAAAAAUAAAAAAAACCCCCACAUUAACUCUCCUCAGGCCCACCACA